AUAGAUGUUGAAGAUCAGAAUGUCAUACAUGUUAUCGAUAGGCAAAUGCAGAGAUCUUGGCGUUCCUACCGAUACACUCUGCAUAAAAAGUUCAAAGAGAUUGGAGGAGAUGAAGAUCCAAUCAAGGCCAAGAGCAUUGGACAUAAAGGAGUUAAAAAGGAGGACUGGGAUUAUUUGUGUGAUUUAUGGGCUAGUGAAUCAUACAAGCAACGAGCCAAGAAGAAUGCCAUUUCGAGAUCAAAAAGAAAGUGGGAAUCUAGAAACGGAUCCAAGAGUACUUUGCGCCACCAUAUUGAACGUGGAGUUGAGUUGGAUGCUCCAACUGGACAAAUUGAGACAUGGCGCAUUUGUAAUUUGCAUUUGUAAUUGAGGACCUGGUGCUGCUUGAUAUCUGUGCAAACUCGCCUCCCUUUGUAAUAUGCAAGGGUGUAGGCUUUAUUUUCCAAUUGUUGGCUGAUUUUGCAUUUGUUUUCCAUUAGCUGCGGUAGUUUUUGACUAAAUUUUCAUUUGUUUUGUCAUUAGACUCUAGUUUUUGGUUAAGCUUUUCUAAUUUUAUAUUAUAUAGCUUUACUCUCAAGCUCUCA